UUAUUAUUUUAAUUAUCUAAACACUCUUAUAUUAAUUUACAUAGAAAGUACAAUACUGCGAUAUCUCUCCCUAAUAAUAAAGCACCGAUGACUUCUGUCGUCCGUCGUCGUCACUUUCGCACAAAAGUCUCUUCGCUUCUAGGUAUUCAACCCGCAGUCCCUAUGUAAGUAGAUCUCGAAAAAAACGUUUCGAGUUUACAAAAUAACCCUUGCGUCAUGUAAAAAUUCCGCCCACGCUCCUUAUCCAGUGGCACAGAAGGUCGACGCUGACCUCCGUCGGAGCUUCGCACCGUCGCCGCACGCCGCUCCACCUUGCUGCCGGCGAUCGCAGCGUCGCGCCAGGCCAGGCCCCCGCCUUCCUCUCGCACUGUUGUCCCUAUCUUUCCUUGUCUCUCUCCCUCACUCGGUCUCCCUCUUCCCUGCGGCGAGGCUGCCGACAUGGGAGCCCGAGCUCAAAGCUCCGUCGUCGACCACCUCGCCCCGUCUCUGGCCAGAUCCGAGCUCGAGCCGCCCGGAUCUGUUGACCCCAACCCAGACCCACCUUGCCCCGGCCUUCUCCGGCCUCGCCUCGCACCGCCGCCGGCAUCGUCGCUGCCCACGGCCUCGAGCUCCUCCAUCACCGGAUUUGUUCGACAUCAUCCCGGGCUGGUGGCGGAGAAAGUGGCGGCGACCGCCUUCGCGAACGCCGUCAUGGGGAGGCUCAACAGGGAGCUCGAGAAGAAGUACCAGAUGUGGAAGAACAUCAGGACCGAGAUCUCGUCUCUUCAGACAGACCUCGGCAUCCUGACAGCGGUCGUGGACGACCACCAGACCAUGCCUGCCGCUCCACGCACGGCCGUCACUAGGGUCUACGGCAAGGAGAUCCGCGAGCUGACCCAUGACAUCGAGGACUACAUCGAGCGCUUCCUGCACCACAUCACCUGCAAGUCGGGCGCCUCCCGGGCUCACCGGUCCGUUCACGCUAUCAGGACGUUCCGCCUCCGUCUCUGGUUCGCCGCCAAGAUCAAGGAGUUCAAGAGCCGCGUUGCUGAAGCACACGAGCGGGCGUUGAAUGCUGCCAUGCUCGCUCAUGGUGCCCAAGCAUCCAGCAACGAGACCGCACGCCAAUCAAUGGUAUUCGCGUAGGACUGUCAUCACCAUGUGGGCAUCGAGGAAGCCGUCAUGGAGCUCCGUAGGCUGCUCGACAUCGAACCAAACCAAGGUGAAGCAGAGGGCACACCGGCUGCAGCUCAGGCUCAGCUACGGGUGGUGGCUCGGGGAAGACGACCCUCGCCAAGGCAGUCUACGACACCAUCCACAUUGAAGGAUCACUCCGUUGUGACUGGGUUGAUGGGCACUCGCUGGAUCAUAGGGAUGCCAAUGGGAUCAUCAAACAUAUAAGAGAGAAGCUUCAAUUGGAGGAAGGGUGUUCUGCAACACUUCCUACAGAAUACCAGGACAGGUACUUAAUAGUUGUUGAUGCAUGACAUUAAGGACAAGCACUUGAUGCACUGGAAUACACUGAGUAAUGCCUUCAGGAAUAAUGGCAGAAUAAUUGUGACAACAGCCACUCAGUCUGUAGCUAAUAGAUGUUGCAAUCAUCCCCGGAAAGAGGAUAGAUGUACCUUUGGCUAUGUGUACAAUAUGAAAAGUCUUGGGGAACAAGAUUCUAUAAAGAUAGAUCUCCUAGGAAGAUGUACACCUGAGUUAGUGGGUGCUAAGAAAUGUGGUGGUCUUCCGCUUGCUCUUUAUAGUGUGGCCUGCCAAUUGAACUGUGAAAAUGUACUCACGGCCACGAGUACAUUCUGCAACAAAUUGUGCAAUGAGCUGGGUACAUAUCUGGAACGCGAAGACGACGAGCCUAACUUUGCAAAGCUUCGAGGUGUGCUUACAGAAAAUUACAUCAAUUUGUCUGAUUACACUGUCAAAACUUGCGUGAUGUAUCUAGGUAUAUUCCUAAUUGAACGCCCCUUCAAGAAAAAUGUCAUAAUCAGGCGAUGGUUGGCUGAAGGAUAAGCACGCCAUCAUCAAGGCCGGCACCAAACUGCACCCAAUGAAAACUUCAAGGCAUUUAUCAAUAGAAGUAUCAUUCUGCCUAUUGUUCCAAUCAGUAAUGCCAUGGGAAAGACGUGUAAAGCUCAUGGUAUCAUGCAGGCGUUCAUGUUGCACAAGUCCAUGUCUAAUAAAUUCAUCAUACCCUUUGGUGCUCAGCAAGAAAAAGUCUGUCACUUCUUCAUCCAUGAUUGCAAUGGCGUAAAUACUGGAACCAUGCC